AUGGGUGAGGAGAUUGUGUGUUCCAUGCUACCAAGUGAGAAAAAGUAUGUGCUUGAGAAAUGGGUAGGCCGAAAAGGCUUAAACGUUUUGAUUAGAGAGGCGAUAGCACAUGAGAAUCGCCAUCACAACACUGAAAACGUUAAGAUACUAGGAGAACACAGGGCACAGUUCAUCAAUAUCUUGUGA